GAACCACCCCUGCAGACAAAGUUUUAUGAUUCUGGAAGUGAAUUAGAUUCGGAGCUUAUGGAUUUGUCUGGCGUGGAUGAGAUGGAUGACGUUGAUUAUGAACUACAGAUUUGUUAUUUCCCUGCAGUUGGAUGUAGGGUGGACGAUACAGAAGGAAAGGGAGACAAGGGUGUUUAUUAUCCCGCUAAAGUAUUGGUGAGAGAGAAAGAGAAUAGCGAACCGGAGGUGAAAUAA